UUUCACUCGGAAACCCUCUGUACUGAUUAGACUCUCGAACUUCAAACAUGACAAGCUCGGGAAACUCUGUGGUGGUUUGGGAGUGGAUGAACGAAUACGGUCGAUGGCGCCCUUACGAUCCACACACAGCCAAUUUUAUAGAAUCUAGCCACAGGAAAAGUCCGUCAGUGCAAGUCAGUUUGGGAAAAGUCGCCCCAAACAUGGGAAUGUACUCCGUGGAUUUCCUUACUAUGUGCCAAAUUCGAUUUGGGACAGGGACAGCUAGACCAGUUCGCCGCCAACUGUACCCAGAUUCCAGUCCCCCAGGUAAGGGCAUUAUAUGGCAAUGGGAGGGAGACAUUCAGGGCCAGUGGAAUUCAUUUGAUAUGGAAGUAUCAUGUCUUCUUGAGGACCACUUUUCCAAUCCUGCCACUCAAAACACAGAACUGAAUCUCUCCCAGACAACUGUGAAACUCCCAUAUAUCAUGAACUUGAGUAACAUGACUCAGAAACGUAUUGAGACAGGACGGCUACGAACGAUCAGGCGUGAACUCCUGUCCAUGCCUUAUUUGAAUUCUAUUCCCUCAGAUGGAACUUCAUCAAGCUCAGGGGCAACAAAUGGACAGGGUAUAGAUACCAGUGCUGUGAAUGGGCCCAGUGGGGCUAAACGACAGAGAUUAUCAGGAAAUGGACAGUUGUCUUCUAAUCCUUCAAUAUGUGGUGGAACAACAGGACCAAUAACCAGGAAACGGCUGUACACACACAUGAUGGCUCAAAAUUCCCCUUUACCUACCUCUGUUCACAUGAACUCUUCAUCUCAGAUUCCCACCAAUCAGAUCUCUCAUCCAAUGCCUCAGUCACUGCAAGUAACCAAUCAGAAUGGCCAGAUCAUGCCUGUUCAGAAUCCCCACUCCUUGACUAAUCAAACACAACUUCCCUCUGGUAUAUCAUCCUCUGGCUUUGUUCCACAUUCUAGCAUGUUCCAGAGAGCUAUGAACUUUAUUCAUGGAAAUAUCCCACAUGGAAUGGGACUGGCAGGGGGUAGCUCCAACAAUGUUACCUAUCACAGUUUACCCAGUCAACCAGUAGGUGGAUCUAAGAUCCGACCUAGGAUGGCAAGUACAGCUGCCAAUCUGCUGAUGUCUGCUGCGAAUUCUCUAGUCCCCCAGUCUAACACUUCACCUGGUCUCCAGCCCUCAACAUCCACUGGUGCAGCAAGGGGAACCACUGGUUUCUAUCUACCACCAGAAGACAAAAUUCCUAAUAAUGUGUCUAGGCAGACAGCCCAUUCCUCUGGUAAAUGGGCUGGAUGUGAAGUGUUUGAGAAGUAUGUGUCUAUUUUGGACAGUCCUCCAAAUGAUGAGGACUGUUGUAUUUGCUGUGAAAAACUUACUCAUCCCUCUGGUUACGGUGAAGGGAAGACUGACGAGAAGGUUGUGUUUAAACUCUGUAAAUGUGGCCACAUGUUUCACAAGCUUUGUAUUCUGGCCAUGUAUGAGAGCUCUACAAAGAAUGGUGCUGUCCAAUGUCCUACGUGUAAAACCAUCUAUGGAGAAAAGCACGGGAACUGCCCCGACGGUGUGAUGGAGUAUUUAACGCUACCGCAGUCAUUACCAGGCAACGAGGAUCAUCAGACAAAGAUUGUCAUCUAUCACAUCUCCCCGGGGAUUCAGGGUCCAGAGCACCCUCACCCUGGGAAGCGCUACACGUGUCGGGGAUUCCCUCGAGUGUGUUACAUUCCGGACAGCGACAAAGGCAGAAAGGUGCUAAAACUGUUGAUUAUUGCAUGGAGGCGACGCUUGACAUUUACAAUUGGUCAAUCCAGUACCACAGGAGAAUCCGACACAGUCACAUGGAAUGAAAUUCACCAUAAAACCGAGUCCGGGCGGAAUCACUCUGGUCAUGGUUACCCCGACAACAAGUACCUAGAUAAUGUGUUGAUGGAACUCAACGUACAUGGAGUCACAGAGGCAGAUCUAUUGUCAUAGCUACAGACAUGAUGACCAUCACCAUGGUUACAGAUAAUUAGACUGAUAAUGUUGUUCAAUACCACAGCAGCAAAUGUUACAGAAAGAAAUCUGUGUGAUCAUUCUGCAAUCAUAGAUAUCAGAGAGAAAUCAGCAUUCAUUGCCAUAAUUAUAGAUAUCACACAAAAAAAUCUGUAAUCAUUGCCAUAAUUAUAGAUAUCACAGAGAAAUCUGUAGUCAUUGCCAUAAUUAUAGAUAUCACAGAGAAAUCUGUAAUCAUUGCCAAAAUUAUAGAUAUCACAGAGAAAUCUGUAGUCAUUGCCAUAAUUAUAGAUAUCACAGAGAAAUCUGUAAUCAUUGCCAUAAUUAUAGACAUCACAGAGAAAUCUGUAAUCAUUGCCAUAAUUAUAGAUAUCACAGAGAAAUCUGUAAUCAUUGCCAUAAUUAUAGAUAUCACAGAGAAAUCUGUAGUCAUUGCCAUAAUUAUAGAUAUCACAGAGAAAUCUGUAAUCAUUGCCAUAAUCAUGGAUAUCACACAGUAAUCUGUAUAUCAUAGAUAUCAGACAGAAAUCUGAAGUCAUUGUUGUAGUCAUAGAUAUCGCAGUGAUGAAUCACUUUGUGAUCACUACCAUGGUAACAGGUUUUAGAUUACAGAUGAGGGAAGGUGAAUCGUUUUAGUGAUCAUCAUGAUAAUAUUGAUGUGAUAUUGACCUGUGAUGCUACAGAUCUGUUGUCAUAGUGAUGUUAGUAUAAUGUUCACCGUUUUGUUCUAUGUGCUACACUGUAAUAGAUCUGUUUUCAUUUUGACAAGUUCAUGUAUAUUAAUGCUUUAUUCCAUUUUAAAUUGUGCAUGACAACCAAUCCAGGUGAUCGUAUGAAUUACCAAAGUUACAUUGAGAUUCUGUUGUCAUGGUGACAAGUGGUCUUUGAUAUCAUGUGACUAAUAGUGCUUGUUGUGGCAACAGUGGGCAGAAGUUCUGUGAAAACUCAGAGAAGUGAAUGAAAAUUUUGUCUUAAAUUAGAAUUUUGAGUAAUGGAUUGUGUGCAAUAGAGUGAUAAAGAAAUGUCCUAUAUAUACUCUGUUAAAUGUAGAAAUGAUGUUAUAAAGUUACUACAGUAAAAUGAUUUUUAUUUUAAAAUUUAUAUAAAAAUAAAUGUGUCCUUGAAAAAUUAGUAGUUUGUGUUUCCUCUCAGUGUUCAGAAAUUAAGUUUUUAUCUCACCUCGACCAAUAGUUUGUACAAAGGGAGGGUCAUGCUCUUUAUAAUGAGCAAUAAGUGAAAAUGUAUUUAAAGAUCCUCUAUGAAACACCAGAAUUACCAAAAAAAGCAUUCCUGCAUGUUUGUUUUAUGUUUCCUUUGACAAGUGAUAAUUUUUCAGCAACUAAAGUUUGUGUAAAUUUUUUUUAAAAAUUUCAUUUUUAUAAUGUUUUUAUGUAUAGUCUAUAAUAUAUAUAUAUAUAUAUAUAUAUAUAUAUAUAUAUAAAAUCGUGCAUUUCUUGUUACAGGCCACACAAGAGCACGGUCUGUUCUGAUAUAUGGGUUUUCAGACUGCAUUUCUGCUGGAUGAAUGUAAAUGUAUUUUUUAUAAAAAAAAUUCCAAAAUUACCCAGUAAUGUAUUGUGUAUUAAGUAUUUAUUUAAUUGGGGAUUGAAGUUAUUUUUAAUAUUGGUGAUCGAGUUUUAUAUCACUAGAUAUAAAUCAAGCAUAUUUAAAAUUAACUUUAAAAUGAAAUGAACAUUAUAGUUGUCAGUUUAUA